AUGGCCUCUUCUUCAACAAGGCUCCAAUCCAUACACCACCAUCAACUCUUCAUUUUCUUGGCUUCCCUUUCAUUGCUACAGAUAGUCGCAACACAGGAUGAGCAGCUAGCUGAUAGGGUGUCCUUCCUCCCUGGCCAGCCAAAGAACCCACAGGUCUCUCAUUUCUCCGGGUACAUCACUGUGGACUCGCAGAGUGGCCGGGCACUCUUCUACUGGUUCUUUGAAGCGCAGAAACAACCCUCUCAGAAGCCUCUCCUGCUAUGGCUCAAUGGAGGUCCUGGUUGCUCGUCUGUGGGAUACGGAGCAGCUUCUGAGCUGGGGCCUCUCCUGAUCAAUGGAAAUGGAACAGGUUUGGAGUUCAACAAGUUUGCAUGGAAUAAAGAGGCCAAUUUGCUGUUCCUGGAGUCUCCUGUUGGAGUUGGUUUCUCUUACACAAAUACAUCCUCUGAUCUGGACAAAUUGGACGAUCAUGUCGUUGCUGAGGAUAGCUACACCUUCUUGGUGAAUUGGUUCAAGAGGUUUCCUCAGUACAAGAACCAUGAAUUGUACAUCUCAGGAGAGAGCUAUGCAGGCCAUUAUGUUCCUCAGCUCACGGAAGUGGUUUAUGAGCGCAACAAACAACUCGAAACAAAUCAACGUAUCAAUUUGAAAGGAUUUAUUGUUGGCAACGCAGAGACUAACGAUUACUAUGACUACAAGGGACAAGUUGAAUUCGCUUGGAGCCACUCGGUGAUUUCAGAUCAACUUUACGAGCAUGUUAAUAGUGUUUGUGACUUCAGGCUUUCAUCCUGGACCAAAGGGUGUAGACAUGUAAUGGCUACUGUCUAUGCCCAGUACGAUAAGAUUGACAUCUACAAUGUAUAUGCACCUAAGUGCAACACUCAAGAAUCAGGACUGUUCUCUACCUCUGACAGCAUGCCUGAAAUGAAUACCAAGAAGAGGUUGACAAGAGCAAGGAUGUACUCAGGUUAUGAUCCAUGCUACUCAACCUAUAUCGAAGAUUAUAUGAACAGGAUGGAUGUGCAGAAAUCACUUCAUGCAAAUAUCAGUGGAUGGAUUAAGGAUAGAAGGUGGAGUCUCUGCAGUUAUUCUAUUUUUGACAACUACAAGGACGUGGUUUUUUCUGUUCUUCCUAUUUACUCCAAGCUUGUCAAGGCAGGACUAAGAAUUUGGGUCUACAGUGGAGACGUGGAUGGAAGGGUUCCGUUUAUUGGGUCCCGUUACUGCGUAGAAGCCCUUGGCCUUCCUGUAAAGUCACAGUGGCAACCAUGGUACCUAAACAAUCAGGUCGCUGGAAGGUUUGUGGAGUACGAAGGACUGACGAUGGCUACUGUGAGAGGAGCAGGGCAUGCAGUGCCUCAAGACAAGCCAGCCGAGUCACUCGUGGUAAUCAGUUCCUUUCUUUCACACAGACAACUGCCAACAAGAAAGAACUGA